AUGCCAUCUCGCGUGACGAUCCGCUGCUUGGCGGCCUACACCGGCGACGCCGAGGAUGCCGGCGGCGGACUCGUGCCGCUGUUUGUAGGUCGCGAGGACGGCACAGUGGAGCGCUAUGACGACAUGAAGGAUGCCGAGCUCGGGAUUCCGACGGCGUCUUUCUACGCUCAUCGCAGAGCGGUCACGGCCAUCAUAGCUGUCUCAGCCGCUGAGCUGUGCACGUGCUCUUUGGACGGCACCGUGAAGUGGUGGACGCUGGAAGAGGUCGAGGACGCUGCGUCGUCGCCGUCCACCGGCACGUUUAGGGUGCGGGCGACGCUUGUAAAGACGAGCACUUUACCCUUCCCUGUGCGUACCAUGAUCCGGGAUGGCGGCGAAGGCACUGCAGCCGGCCAACAGCGGCUUUUCCUCGGCGGCGAGAACGGCUCUCUCACGUUGAUGGAGGGCGAUCGCCGCUCCAGCUGGCCGGCGCACAACGGCGGUGCCCUGACGGCGAUUGCAUUGGACUGGAACAACAGCGGCACCGUCCUCACCGGCGGCACAGACGGGCGCAUCUACGUUUGGGAUAUGGAGUCUGGUCGUCCAGUCUGUGAGCUGCGCGGGCACACAGGCACCAUCACGGCAUUGUUCGUGGUACCGGUUCCGUCCAGCAUCCCGGUGGUGCGGUCGAAGCGCGCCCCUGUCAAUCCCGUCUCGUUCGGCUCCUCCAACGCAUUGCCGCCAGCAUUGGAGAAGAAAGAUGUACUCGUCUACGCGGAUGCCGAAGACGACGGCAGUGGCAACGGUGCAAGCUGCCUCGUAUCGUGCUCCGAAGACGGCACACUGAAGGUGUGGCUGCUGCCUGAUCUGCAGGAGGCCGCCGCGGAGGCGGACUUGAUGGAGAAAGAGCAGCAAGAAGAGCAGCAGCGCAAGGACUCAGAGGGGCCGUCCAGUAAACAGCGUCGCAGCGUCUGCAUUGUCUUCCAAGAGCUGGAUCCAUCCAGGCUGAUAGCCGAGGAGGUGAUGGAGGAAACGGUGGGAGUGGCAGCCGCUGCCGAGAGCGACGCCGACGGUGCUGCUGUUGUCGCUGCCGCCACGGAUGGCUCUGGAGAAGAGGCUGCUGUCGACGCUGCCAGCUCUCCGACGGCUGCAAGCAGCACGCUGCAAUCUGAAGUCUUCGACGCCAAGCUGCGUUUUCUUCAGCAGCAGACAAAGGGAGCCACAUGGAAGUCUGCCCUGAAGGCACCGGAGCGCCGCCCCGUCCCGUUCCAGAGCGCCCUCGGCACGGUGGAGUUGCCGCACACGCCCUUAGCAUGCUCCGGUGCGUCAUCUGGCUUGGAUGGAGAUGAAGGUGGCGCUGCGCCGCUGGUCUUCAUCGGCGCGGCGCAGGGCCACGUGUACGGCCUUAAGGACCGCCUGCUUGUGAAGGAGGUGUGCCGGCACACGGCACACAACUUUCAGAAAGUGCAGCAGGCGGUGCGCAGUGUGCAGCGGACGCUGAAGGAUGGCGUGAAGGUGUACACCAAGGCCGCUGCAGCCACGAUGAGGGCGAUGGAGGCAAAGGAGCUGAAGGUGGCGGCGAAGGCGCGCCAGGCUCAGCGGGCAAAGGAGAAGGCUGCCAAGAAAAAGUCGGCCGAAGAACGCCGUGCGGCCCGACGCGCCGCUGCGGCCGAGGAGCGUUCGGACAACGACGACUACGACGAGGAGGACGAAGCGGAGGAGGAGACGGAUGAGGAGUCGGACAUAGACGAGGAGGAGGAGGCGGAGGAGGAAGAGGCGGAGAGGCCCGGGGACGCCGACGAGGCCGCAGACGAGGAGGGCCAUGGUGUCGAGGGUAUGGCAUUCGCCGCCGCCACGGAGCCCAGGCCACUUCGUCGACCGGCUUCGUGGAAUAAGCUGACGGAGGAGCAGCGCGCGUCCCUCGAGGCGUUCUUCGCUGCCCAGGAGAAAGAGCGGGAUGAGCGCAUCACGGCGCUGCAGAAGGCGGUGGAGGCGCACCUGGCGCAAUUGCAGCCGCUCGCCCAGACACCGUACCAUCGCUCUCGUGACCAGUUCGCGAACCUGCCGUACACCACGACGGGCUGCGUGCGUGGCGGAUCGGCAGUUGCGUCGCUAGCGUCGGCCUCGCUGGUGCCGGGGUACGACAAAGUCUAUGCCACCCAGUCCAACUCCAUCGCGGCCGUUGCCGUGCAGUUUGGUGUAAAAAAGUUGUGA